CACAUAAAUUUUUGGACCACCCUAAUGUACAAAUGUAUGUUUAUGAAGUAGAAAAAACUCAACUUUGGAAUUCUUGCACGGACUGAUUCGGCGAUACAAAAUUAUGAAAAUUUUGUGGCGUCCUACGAAAAAAAUGCUUGUGGAACUAUUUAAUUUUAAAAACUCAGAAAUAUGCGCUUAAAACACGUAGAAUCGUAUAAAAUAUUUUAACAGAGAAAUCAACAUAGAAGAACAUAGAAACGAUUGAAUGAAGAGAAAACUAAAAAUUUAAUAAAAGAAGAUGAACAAGAAUAAUAAGAUUGAUCUGAGUGAGCGAUUAACAAACUAUAAGAGACGUCACGAAAGUUACACAGCCACAACAGGAAUCGACAGCUGCAGCAGUCUUCCAAGAAGCGGGACCAUUAAAAGCUGAGAAAAAUGCCCGAUAACCGAAGGACUGUUUAGUAGCUACCAGAGCAAAUACAAAAACUUCAGAUGCUUUGUAGAAAGCAUCUUCACCAGGCCUAGUGGCAGUUGCCAGCAACGUUGUUGACACCGUCAUAAAUUCAAGUUGAGUUGCCUAAAAUACAAGAAUUGAAAACAAUUUUGCAGUCUUAACAAUAAAAUUUCAACAAAAGCUUAACAACAAUAGAAGCAAUCACAACACAUGAAAUCAACCACAACAACGCCAGCGACAACCAACAGCAACAAAUGCGCUUAAAUUAAAUGAAGGCAUGUAGUUGCCACAAAAACAACAGCAACAAAAAUAACACAUCAAUACACACACACCUACAUCCAUACCUACACUUGCACGCAAAUGGAACAUCAAAACGACACACGUGCAAACACGCAAGAGGACACGCUAAGUGUGAUCAUUGAAAGAAAGCAAAAGUAAAGAAAAAAUUCAACAGCCAAAGGCAGAAGCUAAAAAGAUUUAUGACCAUCAAAUAUUAAAGUUGCCAACGACUUUGCGACACAUUUUUGAAGUCUGCAAAUAACAAAAAAAAAAAAAAAAAAAAACUUGACAAGAGCAACAACAACAGCAACCAUACAAUAUAUACAUAUGUACAUCUUGCCAUCAUCAUCAUCAUCAAGGACCCCAACUAAAUAAAUAUAGUCGGCGACUGGGUCAGCCUAGUGCCAGCCUAGUGCCAGAGACGGACGGAGGUAGCGACGGUGCUCCGUGCGCGUAACAUUAAAUAAAUUGCAAAUCACGAGACACUGUACAUACGGUUUGUUCCUGCUUCAACUCUCCGCUUCACGCGUCUUCCCAGCGCGCCUGCCAUUCCUGCAUGAGAAUCCACUUCAAUUAUAGCUAAAUCUAGGCGAAAUCUCACGCGCGGCAGUCACUUAUCCAGCGCCAGCAGCUGAGAAGUGAGGCAGUGGAGGGAGGGAGGGAGGGAGGCUAGCAGACAGUAGUCAGCAAGCAGUGAAAGCAUUGGGCGGCACAGAAGUCACAAAAAAGGAUGGCUGUGGCGAUGCGACCAAAUGGUUUACAUCAUGCAGUUUCGCUAGGCACCAUCGAAGUGGCGUCUAAGUCAGCAGCAGCUUCUAGCCAUUACGAUCGCAGUUACGAUUCCGAAGAUGAGAAUAUGAGUCGACGCCGCUUGCGACACACCUCCUCCACAGAACUGUAUCCACGUCCAUCCGUUUACUCGAAAGGCGAUAUACGCGAACAGUACUGCCUAACCGAUCGUCAGCUGCAUAGCAUCGAGAGGCCGCGCCGCGAUCGCUUCUUUGGCUGUCUCUCGCGACGUAGCGGUGUGCCGCAAUCCUUUCUGGGUGGCUGUGUUGGGCGAAGGGUGCCAUCAGAUGAGAAUUUAGCUGCGUACGCUCCCUUCUACAAGUAUCCGCGCUAUCAAAGACACUUUCAGAAUAACGACGACAAAUCACCUGACUCCGAUAUGGAUAGUUCCUAUUUUAGACGACAACCAGCUUCAAUAUUGAGCACUGCGAAGACGCAAGACACUGGUAGUGGUGGUGUUGGCGUCGGUGUCGGUGUUGGCGGCGGAAGUAUUGCCGGCGGCAGUAGCGGCAUCGGUGUUGGCCCUGGACCAGGCGUCAGCAUGGGUAUGGGUCCAAGCCAACGUUACUCCUGGAUGGGCAUGCCAACCGGCAUGGGAAAUGAGAAUAUCAACUUCACAAAUGAUCAAAGUUCGUAUCACUAUCCCACCCAUGUCGGACUGCCAACAGCUAGCCAGCACCUACAAAUGGGCGGCGGCGGUGGCACCACACCGAGAACCAAGCAUGUCAGUUUCGCCCGCUCGCAUACACUCACCUCCUUCGACGAUGUCAAUUUGGGGGGCUUUCGUUCCUCCGGUCGCAUGAAGACCGCUCGCAGCCAAGAGCGUCUUAUUGGCGGCAAGAAACCGAUCAUUGCCACAGGCUCGUUGUACGAGUCUAUACAGCUGCCACCGCAAGUGGGGCAG